AUGGCUCGAAAGAGUACCUUCCGAACAUUGGUGUUGAGGGGAAGAGGUGUUAAAAGACCUUUAUCGCCUAUAAGCGAAGAACCUGAUUCGGAAGCUUAUGAUCAUCCUCCGCCUACAAAGGUACCGAAAUAUCAUACUCCUCCAACGCUAGUAUUGAGAGGAAAGGGUAUUAAGAAACCUCGUAGCGAAGUAGGCAAUAUCAAACCUUCACAUAUCGCUCCACCUUGUGAAAGUGCACAAGAAUCAACUCAUGAUCCGUUUCAUCAUUUGAGUCCAACGAUCCAGGAUGAAUUGAUUACAGCAGAAAGGCAGUUGGAAGAGUGUAUAAACAGAAACAAGCGGGAUCAAGAAAUAGCUCAAAAGGAAGAAGAGAAGAAGAAAGCCAAUAUUGGAUUGAUUAAAGAGAGAUUGAGAAACGUAGAAUCGCAGGAAAGAAGAACAAAAGAGUCAAGAUCUGAUAAUCAAGAUAUUGGAUCGGAUCGUCCUAUUCAAAAUCGGGAGUCAUCGGAAGCGCAAGAUCAGAGAAAAAGGAGAAUGAUUGCGAAUCAAGAUACUGAUCAUAUAGUUUGGUGUCAUAACGAGCUUGAUGUCCGUCGAUCCGAAAUUACACGGUUGACAGGGGAAGUUAAGAGGAUUGAAGAGAAUUAUAAACGACUGGAACAUCUUCUUCAUACUCAAAGAGAAAUCAAAGAACAACUUCGCGUUUCGAAUAAGACAAUGGAACAUAUUGUGGAAGUACUUCUGGAAUCUUUGAAGGGACAUCAGGAAGGGGCUGUAAGGGUCUCUCGCAGACAGUAUAGAUAA